CCCCAGCUUUCUAACUUCUCUCUACUGGCUUUUUGGCAAAGGCUACUUUAAGAUUGCUCACCAAAUGCAGACCUUUGGAACAUCACAUUUGAUGUCAGUGUCAGUCCUGUGAGUUUACCUUAGCACAUGGUUGACCUCAAGAACAUGUUUAUGAGUUAAUAACAUUAACUUUGUCAGCCCUAAAAAUAUGCAUUAUUAACAUGUUAACACUGCAAUUUUGACAGCCCUAGAAAUGAAUAAGAGUUUAGACAGAAUAAGCUAGGCUACUGACGAGUGAGCCAUUGUUAGAAUUGAAUUGAACCAUUUUCCUUUGACCCUCUUAUCAACAAGGUAUAACCAUCCAAAGAACUGUCUCUCCUUGGAUGUUUUUUUUUUUUUUUGCAAUAUUCUGAGUAAAGUGUAGAGACUGUUGCAUGUGUGAAUAUCCCAGGAGAUCAGCAGGUACAGAAAUAUUUGUAGAAGCCCUUCUGGCACCAACAAUCACACCACAGUUAAAAUCACUGAACAAAUUAUUUCCCCAUGACUAUUAACCAAAGCUACUGGCACAUAUCUGCAUGAUUUUAUGCAUUGCACUGCUGCCACAUGAUUGGACGAUUAAUUGUAUGAAUGUGUACAGGUGUUCCUAAUAAAGCGCUUAUCAUAUUCUUGCGCUAACAAAUUGUAGUACAUGGAGCUUUUCUCACCUUACUGUUAACAUAAACCAAGGAUUAGAGAGCUCCACACCCCUGCUUUCAAUUUAACACCUGGCCCUCAUCCUAGAGCAAUUGUAAGUACAUUAUUCUUAAACUGAAAUUAUGACCGUAGAGUCUGAUAUUUCCAGGAAGAUGUUUCCAGUUUUCUCUUGUUUUCACCACUAUACUUGCCCUGCCUGUAGUGAUUAUUUUCAUCUUAUGAAGAUUGAGCACAGCAAAAUCUAUGGUCCUCUUUGGAAGUCCAAGUAUGGGCCGUUGGUGAUCGUGAACGUGGCCAGAGCAGACCUCAUAGAGCAAGUACUGAGACAGGAGGGCCGUCACCCCAUUCGAACUGACAUGCCUCACUGGAGAGGAUACCGGGAUCUUCGCAACCAGGCCUAUGGCCCUCUCACAGGGCUAGGGGCAGAAUGGCAGCGCAUUAGAAGCAUCUUGAACCCUCGCAUGUUGAAGCCCAAACAUGUGUCAGGCUACACUAAGGCCAUCAACGAGGUAGUAAGAGACUUCAUAGAGAAGGUGGCUUGGUUGAAGGCAACAAAAGGAAAUGGUGUAAUGGUGCAUGACCUUGCUGGAGAACUCUACAAGUUUGCAUUUGAAGGAAUAUGCUCUGUGGUAUUUGAGACCCGAAUGGGCUGUCUGAAUGAGGUGAUCCCCGAGGAAACACAGAAGUUCAUCUUUUCUGUAGGAGAAAUGUUCCGUCUUUCCCCCAUCAUUGUCCUUUUCCCGAAAUCCAUAUGGCCCUAUACACCCUUUUGGAAGCACUUUGUAGCCGUUUGGGACCAUCUUUUCAAAGUUGCGGAUGCUCUAGUUCAGAAGAAGAUGGCAGAGAUUCAGGAAAAGGUGAAGCAGGGACUGCCAAUCGAUGGUGAGUACCUCACUCACCUGCUGAUCAGUGAUCAGAUGAACCCCACCGAGGUACUGGGAAGCAUCACUGAACUGCUGCUGGCUGGAGUCGACACUACAUCCAACACUAUUUCCUGGGCUCUGUACCACUUGGCUCGGGAUCCAGAGGCCCAGCAGAGGCUCUACAAUGAAGUAGUCAGUGUUUGCCCAGGUGACAAGAUGACUCUCAGCGAGGAUAUUGUCAAGAUGCCUUGGCUGAAGGCUGUUGUAAAAGAGGUACUUCGGCUAUACCCUGUGGUGCCAGGGAACGCUCGAAUCACUGCUGAAAAUGAAAUAGUGGUGGGGGAUCACCUCUUCCCUAAAAAUACUCUGUUCCACUUGUGCCACUAUGCGGUGUCCUAUGAUGAGAACAUAUUCCCGGAGCCCCAUACUUUUUCACCAAAGCGCUGGCUGCGGGAAGAGAAGCAUUUAAACCAUCACCCAUUUGGCUCUGUGCCCUUUGGAUUUGGCAUCCGAGCGUGCUUGGGAAGAAGAGUAGCUGAGCUGGAAAUGUCUCUCCUCCUGUCCCAGUUAAUUAAACACUAUGAAGUGCGGCCAGAUCCAACAGGAAAGACUGUGAAGUCAGUCACAAGAACUCUGCUGGUCCCAGCCACAUCGAUUGACCUUCAGUUUAUUGACCGGCAAGUCAGGCAGAAGACCCCAGCCAGAGCACAGACUGCUGCCUGAUAAUGUACAAGGAGCCCCCUGAAACUAUCAGCAAACUAUGUGUACUUGUAUACUGUAUACUUGUGUACUUGUAUACUGUAUCACUUGUAUACUGCUGUACUUUCCUUAAUAUGGCUUUUAAUGCCUGGCUUUUAUAAGCAUGAAAUGCAUAAAGGAGAAAUAAUUUUCUUAGUCAUAAAAAGUCUAUGACUUAAGACUAUAACUAUACAUUGAAUUGCUGGUGUAUUUGGUACUAGAUAAAUAUAAUGAAAUUAAUGUUCUUUUAUUAUUUAAAUAGAAUAAGCAGUUAAUUUGAGGGUUGGGUUUUUUCAGAUUAAAAAAAUAACUUUAUUCUGGAUUCUGUUUUAGUGGAUACAAUGGCGCCGCCAUAAGGUCUAAUAUAGAAAUACAACACAUACUUUGGGAAAUGCUCAAAGCAGGCAUGCACAAUUAUUUCCCAUCCAUCCAUUAUCUGUAGCCACUUAUCCUGUUCUACAGGGUCGCAGGCAAGCUGGAGCCUAUCCCAGCUAACUAUGGGUGAGAGGUGGGGUACACCCUGGACAAGUCGCCAGGUUAUCGCAGGGCCAACACAGAGACAAACAACCACUCACAUUCACACCUACGGUCAAUUUAGAGCCACCAGUUAACCUAACCUGCAUGUCUUUGGACUGUGGGGGAAACCGGAGCACCCGGAGGAAACCCACACAGACACAGGGAGAACAUGCAAACUCUGCACAGAAAGGCCCUCACCGGCUGCUGGGCUCGAACCCAGGACCUUCUUGUUGUGAGGUGACAAUGCUAACCACUACACCACCGUGCCGCCCCCACAAUUAUUUUCUUUUUAUAUAUUUAAACUGCUCAUUGUAAUUAAUUGCCCAAUGAUGUUUAAAGCAAAUAUUUUUAAAUGUUCUAUUUUAACUGUCCUUGCAAUUUUAGAUCUUUUGUAAAUUGUAAGAAACUGAUAUUUGACCAGAGCCAUCAUCAGUGUUUGUGUUACCUUUCACCUAAAUAUGCUAUGAUAAUAGAAGAAACAAAUAGCAUGACUAAAUCAAAUGUGAAUUUUCCUCACUAUCCUCACUCAAUGCAGUUGCUCUUUGUUGGAAUGUGUUUAUAUAUAAAAUAUUUUGGUCUAAUUUUAUGAUUGUAUAAAUGAUAUGACAGGUUUAUUAGGAAUUAUUUUUGCCUUGGUUAAAAAUGCAGAGAAAAGUGCUUUUCCUCAAAGAAUAAUUUUGUUCAUUUCAUUUCGCUAAGCCCAGUAUUCCCAUUAAAACUUUCA